AUGCGAAACUUGGAUUCCUGGAAUGAAAGGCGACAUACGAUUGAGGGAUCUUCCAAGUUACAUAAGAACAACUGUGGCAGUUCUCUUGAUGCCCUUUCUGCAAUGUAUCCUCACGUUUAUAGCACCAGUCCCUUACAACUAAUGCUUAAUCAAAUUCAUGACGAAAGCCUCACAUCCAUCAGUUCAGAUCUCUGGAGAGAAGAACCAGGUUGUAUCGAAUGGCUCAAUGAUAAAGAUCCAAAGUCAGUGGUGUAUGUGAACUUUGGCAGCAUCACAGUGAUAACUGCUCACCAGCUAAUAGAGGUUGCUUGGGGACUUGCAAACAGCAAGAAAUCAUUCCUGUGGAUUAUAAGACCUGAUAUGGUUGCUGGUGAUGAUGCAGCCGUCUUGCCACUAGAAUUUCUGACCAAAACUAAAGAAAGAGGCAAGCUGGAGCUCACCAGAACAAGUUCUAAAUCAUCCUGUAAUUGUAGGGUUCUUAACACAUUGCGGAUGGAACUCGACUUUAGAAAGUAUAGCUGCGCGGAGUGGGAAAUGGAGAUCAACAAUGAUGUGCAGAGAGGCGAAGUAGAGGUUUUUGUGAGAGAACUGAUGGAUGGUGAGAAGGGACAAAAGAUGAGGAACAAGGCUUUGGACUGGAAGAACAAAGGUGAAGCAGCUGCAGGACCAAACGGACAGUCUUACCAGAAUUUGGACCAACUUAUCAAGGACUUGCUUCUCCCUAUAUUGUCCAAAUAA